GCAAUUUACAUCGAACGCCUCCGAGGGAGCUCGGCUCCCAAAAAUCACAUACGUCAAGUCGUCAGAAAUGACAUCUAUUAUAAAAGUAGAGCCAUUCUCCCUACUGAUAGCCGCGGACGUCGGAAAUUCCGCAAUUUAUGUUGGCAUGGUGCUAUUGUUGUGGAGAGUCGCUCUUCUUUUAUGAAGCCCACGACAAACUGUCUAUGUAGUACCUCCAAUAUCUCCAUAGCACUUCAAACACAAGUCGAGUAAUUCUAUUCCACUGCUUGCGCCAAUAUUGAAACCAUGGCACCCACAUCAAAGACUAAUCGCGGCUACCUUACUGCAGCCAUCGACUGGUUCGCUGGAUGGAAGCAGGGACUCCCGCGCGAAUCGUGCAGCUGGUGCGUCGAGCCCGUCCGCAUCCCGAUGCGUGACGGUAUCAAUCUGAGUGGCGACCUUUAUGAGCCGGUCGGGUUACCAAAAGGAACGUCGCCAUCUGGACUGCUUUUCUUGUUCACACCAUAUGGCCGCGGGCUGCUCACCUCAUUAUCCUCGGGACAUGCAUUUGCCGCCCGAGGUUACUAUGUCCUCAUCGUUAGUAUGCGCGGCACGUUUGGAUCUGACGGCAUAUGCAUUCCCGGAGAAGACGAGGCAAGCGAUGCUGCAGACGUCGUUACCUGGAUGAGGCUGCAGUCGUGGUAUCCCGGUCGCUUUGGAACUAUAGGAGCCUCUUUCAAUGGUUGGGCGCAGUGGUCACUGUUGCGAGAUCCUCCAAAAGAUUGUGUGGCUUCAGCAAUCUCAGUAGGACCUCACGAUUUCUGGGACUGGCACUGGGGAUCUGGUGCUUUUCGCCUUGAACGUGUUACAUGGUCAAAUCUACUGACUCACCAAGAAGAUCCUGCACUUUUUCCUGCUUUGAUGCGUCUGGGUUCAAUAAAACGUUCCGCCGAUGCUGCUCUUGAAUCUCUCCCUGUGAGAGACGGUAUGGCGACUCUACUUGGGCAAGGCGAGUCGUCGGCACUGGAGGCUGUAAUGAGGCCAUCUCCAGAUGACGCUUACUGGCAGAACAAAAGGCAGCAUGAGGCUAUUGAGCGCGUCAGCGUUGAUAUGCCUAUUCUUCUCACCAGCGGAUGGUUCGAUACUUUUACUCAGCAGACUCUGAAGCAGUAUCAACGAUUACAACAGCGUGGCUGUCAGGUCGAGCUAAUCAUCGGACCUUGGGAUCAUGGAGAAGCUGGUCAGGUAAAGGUUGGCGGAGAUGUCUUUCGUUUCAUUGAGAGAACCGUCGGUGGCAAGCAGCCAGAGUCUGACACACCGAAACUUCCACAAGCCCGUGUCUUCAUUUCUGGAUCUGACGAGUGGAAAACUAUGACAGUUUGGCCACCGAAAUCUUCACAACUUGUCAUGUAUCUGGAUGAAGACAAGGGUAUAUCGGAUCAACCACCGCCAAAGACGGCUACUUCUACGUCUUUCACCUUUGACCCAGCAAAUCCAACUCCAGCUGUAGGCGGACCAUUACUGUUCCCAAUAUCAGGUCGCAUUGACGAUAGUUUUUACGCCGCCCGCACUGACGUGCUAACAUUCACUAGCCGUCCAAUUGAGGAUGACAAUGGUUUAUUGGUGCUGGGCGUACCGUCGGUUCAUCUCACGCAUUCUUCUGACACCGGGCAUGCAGAUCUCUGGAUCCGGCUAAGCGAGGUCGACCUGAAUGGAGUGUCGCACAAUAUCACGGAGGAAUACCAUGCAAUUGAUCCCGAGAGAGAUCCUGAAAGCCCAGUGACGGUCGAAUUACGUGAUUGCGCACAUCAGUUCCUCAAAGGGACCAGAGUUCGACUCACCAUUGCCGGUGGCUCAUGGCCGGUUUAUGCGAGGAAUCUGGGCACUGGAGAGAACAGGAUGACAGCUGUGGAAAUGCGCCCAACAAAACACACAAUACAACUUGCCGCCGGACAAUCACGGCUGAUUUUGCCUAUCCCACUACAAGGGUAGCGAGUUCAGAAUCUGACUGGGCAUAGAGCAGCCGAAAUAAUAGCAUCGGUAUUCCUAACGCCCAGCCUUUCUCUAAUCAGCGUCUCACUUAGGCAAAAAGCAACACGGCGGUUCAGAGAUGCUCAGGCAGGGAAGAUAUCCACCCCGUAGGCACCGCCUUGGAUCAUCUGACUGUAGAUAGCUGAGUUUAUAAUAGUCGCUCAUUUUAGGUCGCUAUGAGUCCGCUCAUCUCGGACAAGAUACGAAAUCGAUCUAAAAAGCAUAUCUAGCUGUCUCUUAUCAGCUAAACUAAAU